AUGGAGUCACGGACACCUACACGCUCCAACGCCGACAUCAAUAGCUCUGGCCGCGAUCUCCACGUCCGACAAUGCGCCUCGGCUCUCACCCCCCACAAAGACGUUUCUGAUAGAUUGACUUCAAACGAUGCUGAGACCAUGGGUUUCCCCAAGUGGGAGGACCUGGAUCAAGAAGCGAAGGAGUACUUUGAACAGGCGUCACUGGCUUCUUUGAAAUCGAAACAGGUGGUCCCUCAGACUCCAACUACACAAGGACGUGUCCAACCAGUCCCCUCCACUUCCUCAACGACAACAUUUGAAGCGUCUCUCAGCGAUCAAGGGAUCAGUCCGUGGCGUGCUUUCUUGGAAGAGCGACUUCCCGUUCUCAGGCAAUACUUUCUACAACUGUCACAGCCUAUUCCGGACACGCAAGGACUGAUAGUAGUCCUCGAGCAGGAAUGGGAGAGUAUGGACGCGAAACAGAAGGCGCCAUAUGAAUUGAGGGCUAAAGGUUGGCAAUAUGCAGGGUCAAGAAGGCAUCCUCAAGAACCAGUGGAGGGGUGGGCGCGCUCUCCAGAGGGGAACUGA